AUGUGUAAUUAGUACAAACCAUGAACUGAUCAUUUUUUCAGACUUUUGCCUUGGAAUCAAUCCAGCAGCAGACGGCUCAGCGUAUUUUGAGUACGGGAAUGUUAAGAUACUGUGCAGCGUCUGCGGACCGACUGAAGUGAGCAUUUUUAUUAUUAGAUUCUAAUUCUUCAUAGAUGAAGCAAGAAGGCCAGCUAACGACUACCUUUAAAUUUGCUCCCUUCGCCUCUUCAGUCAGGAGGGAGAGCGUUCGGGAUUCUGAGGAAAAGCGUUUAAGUCAACUUCUGCUUAGUGCACUGGAGCCAUCGAUUGCACUGGUUGGUGGCGUAUUCCUUCUAAGUCUUCACUUUUACUUUUUAUCCCUAUCGAUGUGUUUAAUAAUAAGUCCAUUUUUUUGCUUUUUUUGUGCUCUUCUGAUUAGGAGUUUCCCUUUUCAUCAGGACUACCACUCAGUAGGACCCCGAGUUUCGCACUUACGUGACAUAUUCACGAUUGAUUGUGCUGCUGGCAAAUUCGAUUGUACACUACUUUCAGACUUCUAUUCAUACUUUCAUAGUCUAAUGCCUUACUGUGUGCUGAGUGCAAUAAUUAAAAUGGGAGGACUCGAUUCUCCCCCCUUCCCCCCCCCCCCGUCUCCGGCACUGUUUGCUGGAUCGGGUCUAAUUGGACUUAUUCUGUUCAGCAAUUAUUCAAUUCCACGGCCGGGACAAGUCUCGUUUACUUUCAGAUAUUAUAGGACAGGAAUAUGAAAAAAUAUCUGGGUUAAGUGUAACUAAAAAAGUGCUGUUGUUCUGCCUGACAGCGCGCCCUUCGUAAGAUCCCUCAAUUUUCACUAAUAACUUAGAUCAUUUUCUUCAAGUUAGCCCAUCUACAUAGAUCACUGCAUACCAUUUAUUUAAAGGUCGCAACUUGUAUGCCGAAGGGAGUGUAAGGUAAGGAGCCUCUCUUGGUUGUAACCAGUUCUCUAGAAAUUUUCGUACCAUUGUUAAAAUAGCCUCCUGGUGACAGCGUUUAACCACCCCGUGUAGUUUGUCAUGCUCACGUUCACGAAGCUCGGCGGAUAUGCUCCCCUUUUAUUUUUUUAAGACAAUCCUUUGGUUUGUGAGAAUUUCAUACGUGCUAUUUCUACUUCAUUAAACCUGUCUCAGCAUACCUUCCCACGUGGUAAGUACCAGAUAAGUGUACUGGUACUGGAUGAUGGAGGCGUCCCUGGCUGCCAAGCCUCAUCCGCUUGUCUAUCGGCCGGCAUUACUUGUGCCAGCCUGGCCUUAGUUCAUGCCGGCGUUCAAAUGUAUGAUAUGGUCGUGGCUCUGAAUUCUACUUCUUUGGAUACCGACUCUUCCUCAAACGCUGCCUCCUUCUCUAUCGCCGUUAUGCCUCAGCUGGCCCAAAUCACGAUGGUCAAUUCCACAGGCCUCGCUCAUGACCCUUCUUUUGCUUCCUCUCUUAGAACCAUCCUGGAGGAAGUUUUGGAGAAAGCCAAGCGUGUGCACUCACUUCUUCUGUCUUUUUUGUCAUCGUCACUAGAACAGGAGAAAUAUUCACCGCCUCCCGAGUGA